UACAGAAGACACAGAAAAUUAGGAAUGCAGAUUUUUUGUCCAAUAGAUGCCGAGCCAAAAUGAGAUUUGGAGUCUAACUUUUAUAUAGAAAAAAAUUGUUUCAUAUUUUUUCGGGGGGCAUGCCCCUUCUAAAGUAAAUGUAGGUCUGCCACUCUCCAUCUUUCCCUCUUUCCAAUUUUAAAGUCUUUGUUCCAUGAAAAUCUCUCAUUUGUUAAGAUUAGGGGUUCUUACUCUCAUCAUCAGUGUUCAAACAAUAUACAAACGCCGAAAUCAAGGCUAUUCAUUUUGCUUAAUAAUUAAGCCCGUGAUUUGAUCAUUGUGGUUCCUUCCACCUGGUGGAUUUUUAAUUAGUUUUCAUUCUGUUAUUAUUAAUGUUUAAAUAUGAAAACAAAGGAGUUAUUGAUUAACAUUCAAAAGGGGUUAGAAAGAAACGUAAAGGACCAGCCGAGAUAGUUGUCAAGUGGAGUUGAAAUGGGGGAAGAAAGCAACGCCUUUUAUAUUCUUCGAAAAGGCGAUACGAUUGGUAUAUGUAGGAGUUUAAGCGAUUGCCAAGCUCAAGUCGGAUCAUCGGAUUCUUGUAUUCUUGAGUUCGAUGGUGCUUUGAAAGGAAAUCCUGGACUAGUAGGUGCUGGAGCUGUGUUGCGUGCUGAGGAUGGAAGUGCGGUAUGGCAGUUGCGUGAAGGGGUUGGCAUUGCAACGAACAAUGUUGCUGAAUAUCGUGCAUUACUUUUAGGACUUAAACAAGCUCUCAAAAAAGGAUUUAAACAUAUACGUUGUCAGGGUGACUCUAUGCUUGUCUGUAUGCAGAGAUUCAGGGCAAGUGGAAAAUCAAAAACCAGAAUAUGGCUGACUUGUGUAAACAGGCAAAGGAACUCAUGGAAAAGUUUUUGUCGUUUCAGAUCAAUCAUGUUCUCAGGGUGUGUGGAUAUUGACUUAUUUCUUUUAAAAUUAAGCACUAUAUUGGUGUUAAUCUCAAAAUUAGCAUCAUUUGACAUGCAGCAUUUUUUGUAAUGUAAUAAAAACUCCUCAUUAUUGAGGAAUAUAAUUCUGCAGCUGAUGUUCAAGCAAACCAAGCAAUAUAUCUUAGGGAUGGAGAAGUUGAAGAGGAUUAUAAGAAGAAUUAAUGUAUAGUCUAGAGAGAGCUACUUUUGCUCCUGAAUUGUGUCCAGAAGCAGACUUGUGUUGUGGUGGUUCAGUUAUUUGGUUGAGCUUGUAUUUUUUUGUUCAAUUGGUACUUAGUAUCAAACUGUGUUAUAUUUUAAGUAAAUUAAUAUAGAAUUAGGCCUGCCCUUAUCCUGAUUCAA